AGGAAGAUGUCCUCUGUCAAUGAUACUGCUUCACAUCCCUCUGCCUUCCUUCUGCUGGGUAUACCUGGUCUGGAAGCUUUCCAUAUCUGGAUUGCCUUCCCUUUCUUUGUUGUUUACCUGAUAGCACUUGUGGGGAAUAUCACAAUCCUGCUUGUGAUCAAGACUGAGCAGAGUCUUCAUCAACCCAUGUUCUACUUUCUGGCUCUUCUUUCAUGUAUUGAUCUAGGCCUUUCCACUUCUACCAUCCCCAAGAUACUGGCCAUCUUCUGGUUCAACUUUAGGGAAAUAAGCUUUGAAGGCUGCCUCAUGCAAAUGUUCUUUAUCCACACCUACACGGGUAUGGAGUCUGAUGUACUCCUGGCCAUGGCAAUUGACCGCUUUGUUGCCAUCUGUUAUCCACUGAGAUAUACCACUAUUCUCACCAACAAAGUGGUAGCCAUCAUGGCCUCUGUUGCAGUUGGGAAGCCAGCUCUUCUUGCCGCCCCCUUUUGCUUUCUUCUCAAACGAUUGCCCUUCUGUGGACACAAUAUUAUUCCCCAUACCUACUGUGAACACAUGGGAAUUGCCCGUCUUGCCUGUGCUAACAUAAGAGUCAACAUCAUCUAUGGCUUAUUUACCAUUGCUACCCUCAUCUUUGACUUGAUUCUCGUUGCCCUUUCCUAUGUCCAGAUUUUAAGAGCUGUUUUCCGCCUUUCUUCCAGGGAUGCCCAACUCAAAGCACUUAGCACAUGUGGUUCACAUGUCUGUGUCAUCCUAGCUUUUUACACCCCAGCAUUUUUCUCCUUUAUGACUCACCGGUUUGGUAGAAAUGUUCCUCGCUACAUUCACAUUCUCCUAGCCAAUCUGUAUGUGGCUAUUCCUCCUUGUUUAAAUCCAGUCAUUUAUGGAGUCAGGACAAAGCAAAUUAAGGACCAAGUUGUAAGAGUAUUUGUGAAAAAAGUGUGA